GCAACAGCUGCCCGCCGCGGCCGCCAUGAUGCGACGCAGUAAGGCCGAGGUGGAGCGGUACAUCGCCUCCGUGCAGGCCGCCGCUCCGUCCCCCCGCGAGAAAUCAAUGAAAGGAUUCUUUUUUGCUAAGCUGUAUUAUGAAGCAAAAGAAUAUGAACUUGCUAAAAGGUAUAUAUCAACAUACCUUAGCGUACAAGAGAGAGAUCCAAAAGCCCACAGAUUCCUCGGCCAGCUCUAUGAAGCUGAAGAUAAUAUAGAAAAGGCUGUGGGUUGUUAUAAGCGCUCAGUGGAGUUGAACCCAACUCAGAAAGACCUUGUACUGAAAAUUGCGGAAUUACUGUGUAAAAAUGAUGUUACCGAUGGAAGAGCAAAAUAUUGGGUUGAGAGAGCUGCUAAACAUUUCCCUGGAAGCCCUGCUGUGUACAGAUUGAAGGAGCAGUUACUGGAUUGUAAAGGCGAGGAUGGAUGGAAUCAGCUUUUUGACCUGAUUCAGUCAGAACUCUAUGCAAGACCAGAUGAUGUCUAUGUAAACAUCAGGCUAGUUGAACUCUACCGGUCAAAUAAGCGACUUGGAGAUGCUGUGGCUCACUGCUGUGAAGCAGAAAAGAAGAUAACUUCUCGGUCAAGCUUGGAAUGGUGUUCCUGUGUUGUACAGACACUUAAGGAAUAUCUGGAAUCUGUACAGGACUCGGAAUCUGAUAAAAGUAACUGGAGAACCACCAACAGGGAUCUGCUGCUGGCUUAUUCCAACCUUGUAGUAAUGACACUUUCUACUAGAGACGUUCAAGAAAGUAGAGAAGUACUUGAAAGUUUUGAUAGUGCACUUCACUCUGUGAAACCAUAUGUGAAUGGGACUGAUGAACUGUCUGUGACUUUCAUGGAAAUGAGAGGUCACUUCUACCUGCAUGCUGGAACUCUGCUGCUGAAAAUGGCUGAACACAGCGAGGCCCAGUGGAGAGCUGUUUCUGAACUGGCAGCUUUGUGUUACCUGAUUGCUUUUCAAGUUCCUAAACCAAAGGCAAAACUUAUAAAAGGAGACCAAGCCGGACAAGACAUAGUAGAAAUGCUAGCUUGUGAUCGACUAAGCCAGUCUGGUCACAUGUUGCUAAACCUAAGUCAUGGCAAGCAAGACUUUUUUAAAGAGAUUGUGGAGUCUUUUGCAAACAAAAGUGGGCAAUCUACUUUAUUUGAUGCACUCUUUGAGAGAGGCAUUUCUAGAGAGCGAUCUUUCCUUGGCACAGAUGAUAUUGGAAACAUCAGUGUACAUCCACCGGAACGUAUGGAACUUGCUAGACAUGAUAUUGGUGCUGUUCGAAUGCACAACGGUAGUCUCCAGCACCUUAUAUGGCUUGGUUUACAGUGGAAUUUCAUGUCCAUUUUACCUGCAAUACGCAGGUGGUUAAAACAGCUCUUCCACUUGCCCCAGGAGACAUCAAGACUUGAGACCAAUGCUCCAGAAUCAAUUUGCUUAUUGGACCUUGAGGUGUUUCUACUUGGGGUGAUAUUUACUAGCCACUUACAGUUGCAAGAGAAGUUUAAUACUCAGUACAGUUCACAUCAGCCACAAUUUUUGCCUCUACCAGUGAGCAAACAGCUUUGUACUGAAAGACAGAGAUCCUGGUGGGAGGCUGUUUAUACUGUUCUUCACAAAAAAGCAUUACCUGGCACAGCAGCAAAAUUGAGGAUCCUAGUCCAACAUGAAAUAAACACUCUGAGGGCACUGGAGAAACCAGGCCUUCAGCCUGCCUUAAUCAUACAUUGGGCAAGGAGUCUGCAAAAGACAGGCAGUAGUCUAAACUCUUUCUAUGACCAAAGGGAAUACAUUGGCCGAAGUGUUUAUUAUUGGAAAAAAGUUUUACCUAUGCUGGAGAUCAUCAAAAAGAAGAAAAGCAUUCCUGAACCUGCUGAUCCUCUGUUUAAACACUUCCAUAGUGUAGACAUCCAGCCUUCUCAAGCUGCAGAAUAUGAACAGGAGGAACGUAUAGCAUCUGCUAUGCUCGCUGCAGUUGAUGGAAGAACUGAAGAUGCCUUGCUAGCAUUUGAAAAUAUUAAGAAUGUUGUUUCAUACUGGAAUCUUGCACUAAUAUUCCAAAGAAAGGCUGAGGAGAUUGAGAGUGAUGCACUCUCACCAGAAGAACAAGAAGAAUGCAAAAAUCACUUGCGAAAGAGUAGAGACUAUCUAAUGAAGAUCAUUGAUGAAAGUUUUACAGACAUUUCAGUAAUUGAGAAGUUACCAGUGUCAAUAGAAACUGUGAAGGAGACGUUGGAUACAGUAAUUCAUGAACUUGGGGAUUAUGGUGAAGAAGGAAGCCCUGUCUUCAAGAAUGAUCUAUCUCAAGCUGCAGCUGCAGAAGUAAAACACUCUACUCCCUCGCCCACAAAAUUUGCUUUAUCACCAAGUAAAAGCUACAAGUUUUCUCCCAAGACUCCGCCUCGCUGGGCAGAAGAUCAGAAAUCCUUACUUCAGAUGAUCUGUCAGCAAGUAGAAGCCCUUAAGAAUGAGAUGCAUGAAAUGAAACUAAAUUCCAGCUCAAACUUGUCAUCUCAUCGGUGGCCUUCUGAAAGCUAUGGAGCAGAUACAAUGUCAGAUGGCUAUCAAGGAGCACAAAACUUUCAUGGAGCACCAUUAACAGUUGCCACUACUGGCCCAUCAGUCUAUUACAGCCAGUCACCUGCAUAUAACUCUCAGUACCUUCUCAGAACAGCUGCUACCAAUGUAACACCAACAAAGGCUCCUGUCUAUGGUAUGAACAGGCUUACACCUCAGCAACAUAUAUAUGCCUAUCAGCAGCCGAUGCACACACCACCACUGCAGAACACUUCUGCAUGUAUGUUUUCCCAAGAAAUAUAUGGCGGUCCAUUGCGUUUUGAUUCUCCUGCUACUGGGCUUCUGUCUCCACGUGGUGGGGAUGAGUAUUAUAAUUACAGUGUUCCACAAGCAAGCUCAAAUCCACCAUUACCUGAACCAGGCUAUUUCACAAAGCCUUCAAUUGCUCCUCCAGCUGCAAAGCCUGCAGAACCAAAAGUGGUAGAAUUUGGGAAAUCUACCUUCGGGCAACCUGUACCAACAGAAGUAACAAAGUCCUCUCUGAUAACUCCAGCACAGUCAGCUCAGUCAACAACUUUUAAGUUCAACUCUAACUUCAAAUCAAAUGAUGGAGACUUCACAUUUUCUUCACCUCAAGUUCUAACACAGUCUUCCAAUGCAACUUUUAAUAGUAGUGAAAGCCUGUUGGGUCUUCUGACUUCAGAUAAGCCUUUGCAAGAUGAGCGGUAUACAGGACAAAAAACAGUUCCAGAUCAUACACCUAGCCAAAGAAAUGUCUUCAGUUUUGGUAAUAAAAGUAUUUCAGGCAUCCCAUUUACAGAAAACAUGGGACAGAACCAACCUAAAAAUUCUUUCUUUGGGAAAGGUGACACAGUUGGCUUCCACGAAGUGGGAAAAUCAGGGUUUGGGACCCCAAAUUUAGAUCUAGCCAACAAAAGUCACGAAACUGAUGGCGGAAGCGUCCAUGGAGGUGAAGAUGAAGAUGAUGGUCCUCACUUUGAGCCUGUUGUGCCACUCCCUGAUAAGAUAGAAGUAAAGACAGGGGAAGAAGAUGAGGAAGAAUUCUUUUGCAAUAGAGCUAAGCUGUUCCGUUUUGCAGAAUCUAAAGAAUGGAAAGAAAGGGGCAUUGGAAACGUGAAAAUACUGAGACACAAAAUAUCUGGCAAAUUUCGUCUACUUAUGAGACGGGAACAAGUGUUGAAAAUCUGUGCAAAUCAUUAUAUAAAUACUGACAUGAAACUGAAACCAAAUGCUGGUUCAGACAAAACAUUUGUGUGGUAUGCUGUAGAUUAUGCAGACGAAUUGCCAAAACCUGAACAGCUUGCCAUUAGAUUCAAAACACCAGAAGAGGCAAUGCUUUUCAAAUGUAAAUUUGAAGAGGCACAAAAUAUUUUGAGAACAUCUGGAACAACCACUCAGCACAUUGAAAGUUCCAGAGACACCGUCAAUCAAGAUAUCAAGGAGCCUUGCAAAUCUACUCCUGGGCCCCUGAAUUUUGGAUUUCAAUUUAAGAAAGAGGAAAUGUGGGAGUGUAAUCUCUGCCAGAGGAAAAAUAGUACAGCUUCAUCCCUGUGUACAUGCCAGGCUUCAGUUCCAAAUACAGGUAGUUCUGUAAAAGGACCUGAUGGCAAGAGCAGUUUUAUAUCUAUGUUGGAUGCAUCCACACCAUCCUUUUCCUUCGGAAAGAAAAUGCCAUCUACAUAUACUGCUAGUGGAUUGGGCGAACAGUUUACGCCAAGAAAAGAUCAGUGGAAGUGUAGAUUGUGUUUCACUUGGAAUGAUGUAACAGCUAAGAACUGUAUAGCAUGCAAUGUUCCAAAUCUGAAUAAUAAGGAAACAUAUGUUGCACCAGUAGCUGAAACCACUUCAGGUUUUAUAUCUAACACUGAGACCAUACAGGAUACGUUUGGAUCAGUUAUUGCUAGAAAGGAAGGUCAGUGGGAUUGCAGUGUGUGUUCAGCGAAGAAUGACGCAACAGUGGUAGAUUGUGUGGCCUGCGAGAACCCAAAUCAGGCUAACGUGCAAGUGUCUGGUCAGCCAGCUUCCUUUAAAUUUGGCCAGGUAGAUGUUGAAAAGAGUUCAGAAAAUGAUCUUGCUUCUGCUUGCUCCAAAAAGGAGGGUCAGUGGUAUUGUGUUGUGUGCUUAGUGAGAAAUGAAGCAACAACAGUAAAUUGUGUGGCGUGCAACUCUCCUCAUUCUCAAGGUCCGCUGAAGGCCCCUGCGUCUACUGUUCAGACAUCUUCUGAAAGUAAACCCCCUAAAAAUGGAUUUGGAGGGCUCGGUGCUAAAAUGGAAGGACAGUGGGAUUGUUCUGUUUGUUUAGUACGAAAUGAAGCCUCUUCUGCAACCUGUAUAGCCUGUCAAGCGCACAAUCCAAAUCAGGCUAACAUACCAAAGUCUGAUCAGCCCACUGCCUUUAAAUUUGGCCAAGCAGAUGUUGCAAAGAGUUCACAAAAUGAGCUUUCUUCUGCUUGCUCCGAAAAGGAGGGUCAGUGGUAUUGCAAGGUGUGUUUAGUAAGAAAUGAAGCAACAACAGUAAAUUGUGUGGCGUGCAACUCUCCUCAUUCUCAAGGUCCGCUGAAGGCCCCUGAGUCUACUGUUCAGACAUCUUCUGAAAGUAAACCCCCUAAAAAUGGAUUUGAAGGGCUCUUUGCUAAAACGGAAGGACAGUGGGAUUGUCCUGUUUGUUUAGUACGAAACGACGCCUCUUCUGCAACCUGCGUAGCUUGUCAAGCACAAAAUCCAUCUAGUAAACCUGGGGAUGCCGCCUCAACUCCUGCAUUUGGCUUCAAGAGCAAAUUGUCUGAAUCUGCUGGAGGACAAUUGGGAACAGGUUUUAAGAGUGACUUUUCAGAAAAAGGCUUUAAAUUUGGUCAUGCAGAAGGUAAGGCACCUUCCUUCACAUUUCAGAUUCCUUCUGGUAGUGAAGCUAACCCUACAAAUGAAGGAUUUAACUUUUCUAUGCCUGUGCCUGCAGGUGGAUUUAAAUUUGGCAUACAAGAGCCUGGUAAAAAUAUUACAAAGAAAGAUGAGCCACCCAAAGAAAGUACAACAGGCUUCUUAAAAAGUCUUGACAAAAAAGAGGAAAGAGAGGCUCCUUUUUCAGAAGCUGGGGCUGGUAUCCAGUCUCAAGGAGCCUCUGGUAAGCCAACUGGUGAUUUAGUUUUUGGGCAGAAUAGCAGCACUUUCACUUUUGCUGAUCUUGCAAAAACUACUCCUGGAGAAGGAUUCCAGUUUGGGAAAAAAGAUCCAAACUUCAAGGGCUUUUCAGGUGCAGGUGAAAAACUGUUUUCCUCACAGAGUUCUAAAAUGGAUCACAAAGCUAAUACUGCUGAUUUAGAGAAGGAUGAUGAUUCGUAUAAGACUGAGGACUGUGACGAUAUUCACUUUGACCCAGUUGUCCAAAUGCCUGAAAAAGUAGAACUAGUAACAGGGGAAGAGGAUGAGAGAGUACUCUAUUCACAAAGGAUAAAACUCUUUAGGUUUGAUGCAGAAAUAGGUCAGUGGAAAGAACGAGGCGUGGGCAACUUAAAAAUUCUUAAAAAUGAAGAUAACGGCAAGCUAAGAAUUCUAAUGCGACGUGAACAGGUACUAAAAGUAUGUGCAAACCAUUGGAUAACUACUACCAUGAACUUGAAACCUCUGUCUGGCUCAGAUAAAGCAUGGAUGUGGCUAGCCAGUGACUUUUCUGAUGGUGAUGCAAGGCUGGAGCAUCUAGCAGCUAAAUUCAAAACACCAGAGCAGGCUGAGGAAUUCAAACAGAAAUUUGAGGAGUGUCAGAGGCUGUUGUUGGAUAUACCACUGCAGACCCCACAUAAACUUGUUGACACUGGUAGGACAGCUCAACUUAUACAGAAAGCAGAAGAAAUGAAAACUGGAUUGAAAGAUCUCAAAACAUUUUUGACAGAUGAUAAAACUAAACUUACAGAGGAAGAGAAGAGAAGCUCACCUUUAGCCACCAGUACUUCUGAUUUGGUUAUAAAGCCACAUGCAGAAAGCACUGCACCGACGUUGGAAUGGGAUAACUAUGACUUGCGUGAAGAAGCAUUGGAUGAUAGUGUUGGUAGCUCUGUGUAUGCAUUGCCUCUGGCAAGUAGUCCUGUAAGAAAAAAUCUGUUCAGAUUUGGGGAAUCUACAACUGGAUUUAACUUUAGCUUUAAAUCUGCCUUAAGCCCCUCAAAGUCUCCUGCCAAGCAGAACCAGAGCAGAUCAUCUGUAGGUGCUGAUGAAGAGUCUGAUAUCACUCAAGAAGAAGAAAGAGAUGGACAGUACUUUGAACCUGUGGUACCUUUACCUGACCUUGUAGAAGUGACAAGUGGUGAAGAAAAUGAGCAAGUUGUUUUCAGUCAUAGAGCUAAACUCUAUAGAUAUGACAAGGAUGCUAAUCAAUGGAAAGAGAGGGGUAUUGGGGAUAUAAAGAUUCUACAGAACUAUGACAACAAACAAGUUCGUAUAGUAAUGAGAAGGGAUCAGGUAUUAAAACUCUGUGCCAAUCAUAGAAUAACACCAGACAUGAACAUACAGCAGAUGAAAGGAACAGAUAGAGCAUGGGUAUGGACUGCCUGUGACUUUGCAGAUGGGGAAAGAAAGGUGGAGCUCUUAGCUGUGCGGUUUAAGCUUCAAGAUGUUGCAGACUCAUUUAAGCAGAUUUUUGAUGAAGCAAAACAUGCCCAAGAAAAAGACACCUUGAUUACACCCCUCUCUUCGCGUGCCAGUACUCCAAAGGAAUCUCCAUGUGGUAAAAUUGCUGUAGCUGUACUGGAGGAAACCACCAGGGAGAGAACUGAUCAGAUCCAUGAUGAGGAUACCUCUGAUGUGACUGUAGAGGCAUCAGAGGUGUCAAGCACUUCCGAAACACCAACAAAAGCAGUGGUUUCUCCUCCUAAAUUUGUAUUUGGUUCAGAAUCUGUCAAGAGUAUUUUUAGUAGUGAAAAAUCAAAGCCGUUCACAUUUGGAAAUACUUCAGCUACUGGAUCUCUGUUUGGCUUCAGCUUUACCCCUCCUUCAAAAAAUAUAACUGAAGAUGUUAGUUCAGUGUCACAAAAUGCAAUGCAGAGAGAACUCAAAGUAACUGAACCUCAGAAAAGCCAUGCAGGUAAUCAGAAGGCUUCAGACAGCAAGAUGGAAAACAAUUCGGUUUCUUCAACAGAAGAGUCUUCAAAUUGCACGUUUAAAACACUAGAAAAAGCUGAGAGCAAAAAGGAAUCCCCUGUAGAAACUCAGUCUGAUGAUGUACUCAUUGUUUAUGAGUUGAAACCUACCCCUGAACAGAAGGCUCUUGCUGACUCUCUUAAACUCCCUUCAACAUUCUUCUGCUACAAGAAUAAGGCUGGUUAUGUCAGUGAAGAGGAUGAUGAUGAAGACUAUGACACAGCUGUUAAGAAACUGAAUGGAAAGUUAUAUGCUGAUGAUCCAGAGAAAUGUACAUCUUCACAAGAUCCAGUAAAAGUAAUUUGUAGUCUGCUGUCCAUAGGUAUGGCCUGUAAAAAUGAACCAAAGAAUGAGAGAGAGUGCAUCAUUGUUUGGGAAAAGAAGCCAACUCCUGAGGAGAAGGUCAAAGCAGAGACUCUAAUGCUCCCUUCUACAUUCUUCUGUGGUGUCAGCAGUGAUACUGAUGAAGACCAUGACAAUCUGGACGAUUUUCAUGCAGAACUGAUGAAAAAAGCUCAAGAAGUUGAAGAGUUUCAAGAAAAUAAAGUUACCAGUUCAUCUGAUGUAGUCUUUACCAGUGAAGUAUCUGUUCCCUCAAUCAGUGAGGAAGCAAUAUCUGUUCAAUCGACCAUUACACGUGAAGAACCAGUGUCUACCACAGAAUGUACAAAUGUAUCUCAGACUUUAUCAGGGACUGAUGACAAGCCUGUAGAUUUGUCGACUAAAAAGGAAAAUGAUCCAGAUUCUGCAGACUCGACAGUUCAAGGAACUGGACCCAUCUCAUUUGGGUUUGACACUGCUGCUGGCUUGUCAUUUGCUGAUCUGGCUUCAAAAAAUUCUGGGGACUUUGCUUUUGGUUCUAAAGAUAAAAACUUCAAGUGGGCAAAUACUGGAGCAACAGUAUUUGGAGUACACACAACCAGUAAAGGAGAGGAAGAGGAUGGUAGUGAUGAAGAAGAGGUCCAUAGUGAAGAUAUCCACUUUGAACCUAUAGUGUCCUUGCCAGAGGUGGAAGUUAAAUCUGGAGAAGAAGAUGAAGAAAUUCUCUUUAAAGAGAGGGCAAAACUCUACAGAUGGGACAGGGAGGUGUCUCAGUGGAAAGAACGUGGAGUUGGAGAGAUCAAGAUCCUCUUCCAUACCCAGAAGAAAUAUUACAGAAUUCUGAUGAGAAGGGACCAGGUUCUCAAAGUCUGUGCAAAUCAUUUUAUCACAAAAUCCAUGAACUUAAAGCCCUUGAAUACAUCAAACAAUGCUUUAGUUUGGACUGCCGCAGAUCACUCUGAUGGUGAAGGAAAAGUAGAACAACUUGCGGUCAGAUUUAAAAACCAAGAGAUGGCUGAUUCUUUUAAGAGGAGAUUUGAAGAAUGCCAACGAAGCUCAUCAGAACUGCAGAAAAGACAUGUAUCCCUGGCAGCAGGACUGUCAAAGGAGAGCAACCCUGUAGUGUAUUUUGAAGUUUCUGCUGAUGAUGAACCAAUAGGACACGUAACCAUGGAACUGUUUUCAAAUAUUGUUCCUCGCACUGCUGAAAACUUCAGGGCCCUGUGCACAGGGGAAAAAGGAUUUGGGUUCAAGAACUCCACAUUUUUUAGAAUAGUUCCUGAUUUUAUGUGCCAGGGAGGAGAUAUCACUAAACAAGAUGGAACAGGUGGACGGUCCAUUUAUGGAGAGGCAUUUGAGGAUGAGAACUUUGAAGUAAAACACACUGGUCCUGGAUUACUCUCAAUGGCAAAUAGGGGCCGAGACACAAAUAAUUCUCAAUUUUUUAUUACACUUAAAAAAGCAGAACACUUGGACUUUAAACAUGUGGUAUUUGGAUUUGUGAAGGAUGGCAUGGAUGUUGUGAAAAAGAUGGAAUCUUUUGGUUCUCCCAAGGGAGUAGUGAGCAGAAGAAUUGUUAUUACAGACUGUGGACAAAUAUAGAAUCAUCGCUUUAACCUCAUACCAAUAAUCUUUUAACAGCCUAAGUUGAAGUUUACCUGUUGGCCAAUUAUGUUCAGCAUUUUGAAAUGAACACUUCUGAUGUAUAAAUGUAAAAUUUACAGCUUUAUAGCCAAGUAUUUUUUUUAAUGUGUUCUAAUUGAUUUUGCAUGUUGUGAAAUAAAACAGUUCAAGCACUGGUGCAUUUCAGGUGUAUUUGUUAUUCUGACAUUUGUAUUAAAUGUCCAUUUUCAAAUUAAAUCCUAGUCUUGUUAAAGCAAUGGUCCGUGUCUUCACUUUGGUUUGUACAAGGAAUAUUGCCGUUUCAGUUAUUCUGGCUUGCUGCUCUGUUGUAUCAACAUCUUGAGUAAGAGGAUUUAGUAUGGAAGUGCUGGAGACAUGUGGAAACAGCUAAUGGAUUCACCUUUUAACAUCAUCCCUGUAAGCAGGACCAUUUUACACUAAGGGCUUGUAUUUGCUACUUGGUAGUGUUGUGAGUAGUAUUUGGGUACCUGAACACUGAUGUUGGUAAAUUACUGCCUGUGUAAGGUUGUUAUAGGCUUUCAUUGUCGAGAUCUAAUGGAUACAUUAAGGUCUCUUUUUGUCAUUGGGCUUUUCUGCACAUACUAUUCCUAUGUACAGUGGCAUACUACUAAUAAAAUAUUUGACUAUAGGAUAAAUGAACCUAGUAAUGCUUAUUGGGUGGGAAAACUGGAAACAAUAAUAAUUUUCAGGGUUUUUUUCUGCAGACUUGCAUCAAAUGUUACUGGGUGACCUUUUUGUCACCAUGCUGCUUGAAUCGUUUGGGGCAAAUGCAGUUUUUGGUUCUUUUUAUGAUAGCUUGUUUCUACUGACUGGCAAAUGUUGGCUUAAAUUUAGUAUAGAGCAACAAAGUAAUUAUGUGUAAAUUACACUUGAGUAAAGAGGGUUUUUCUGUUAAACCUUUAUAAACAUGAUUAAUGAGUUAAAGCAAUUUAAUUAAGAAAUUUUUGUGAAGUAUGUAGAUAAUGUGCGAAUCCUUCAUAUAUAAAAAGCAAUCUUUUCACUUUUUAAUAAAAUACUUUAGUUCUUCAUAAUGUCAGUUUUGUAAAAUAAUCAGUUUUACUAUAUGAAUUAAGCUAGGAAAAGUGGGGAAGAUUGCAGAAAUGGGUUUUAUGUUCUGUUCUUUCUGUGACUUUUUUUCAAAAGUAAACAAAAUGUAAAGCAUCCAUGGUUUUCUGUUGCUUUAAACUUGUGGAGCUAAAUUAACAAGUCUGGAGCUUUCCAUCCUCAUGACUUGAAACUGCAGUUGAGUAGCAACAAGAUUCAAAUCAUGAUUUUAUUACACUUUAUCUAUUGAUAGUUAUAAAAAGUAGUUCAAUGUAAAAUGAAACUUUUUGCAUUGUUUUUGCCUAAAUUUAAAUAAAAUUGAAUUGGGAA